CAAAGAAAAAAUUCCCCUCACUCAGCUGGCCCUGAACCUUAGCUCUCAUACACUAACACAUACUAAGGGGAGAGAGAAAGAAAGAGAGUGAGAGAGAGACUCUCAACAUCACUUUAAGGAGGACAUAUCUCAUGCUCACACGGAAAGAAAAUGUUGCAAUUUGAGCGGGUAUUUAUCCUUCUGGUGAUCUUUCAGUAUACACAUCAAGCGCCGAAAGUUACAUUUUAUAAAGAAAAAGAAAAAGUGCCUAUAAACUGUGAUCCACCGAUCAAGGGCUCUGUGAUAACUUGGUUCCGAGUACGGGAGGAUAAAAUUGACUUCUUAGGAACAUUCACUAGAACUGGUGAGGAAAAAAAGAAUGCAUAUCCCACACUUUUCAGCACUGAACGGAUCAGGCAGAACACCUUAACUCUGAUAGAGUUCCAAAAGGCACGAGACAGCGGGACUUACUACUGUAGUUCAUUCAACAAUAAUAUCUUAAACUUCGGGAAGGCAACUCACAUCGAUGGAGUUCCAGAAGCAAAACCAACCACCAUGACAGCACCACCUCCAGCAUUACCCAGACCCAGACCCAGCAACAGUACCUGCUUCUCAGUCCCCUGCACCUGCAAACGACCCAUGGACAUCAAGGUGUUGGACUCCAAGAUAAAAUGUGAGCUGAUGAUUUUUGCCCCUCUGGCUGGCGGCUGUGCUUUACUGAUCCUCAUCCUCAUCAUCACCAUCUGUUACUGCAACCGAAUAAGAACGAAGCGAUGCCCCCACCAUUACAAAAGAAGGCCAAAAAACUCAGCGACAGUGCGACAAGCCAUGCCUGACAGAUACGUCUAAACCAGAGCAGUGCUGAUGAUCGAGCUUCUUGGAAACGCGUAAAAGUCCCGCAUAAAACGACUCGUCACUGCCACUCGCCAUGACUCCGCUGUACGCGCAGACUGCCGUCGACACCCAGAGAAGAUACUGCGCAGAUGCCUGUCAGCACACAGACGAAAAAUCACGAUCAUCCGAAUCCCAUCAAGAUAAAAAAAAUAAAAAUAAUCAUUA